AUGGAGGGAGUGGAAAGAAAGGGGCGGAGGUUGUUGCUUAUCCCUUUGCCACUCCAAGGUCACAUAAACCCCAUGCUCCACCUCGCUCAGAUCCUCUACUCCAACGCUUUCUCCAUCACCAUCCUUCACACAACCUUCAACUCCCCAGACCCUUCUAACUACCCUCACUUCAACUUCUCUUGCAUCCAAGAACCUUCCUCCCUCUGCCUCUCCCAAUCCUCUGCUUCCCAUCUCUUGAAUUUCCUCCUCGCUCUCAACGCUCAAUGCGUCACGCCAUUCCAGGAGUGCGUCACAAAGUUACUGUCGGAGGAACCUCAACCUGUGGCCUGCUUGAUCUCCGAUGCUUUGUGUUACUUCACACAAGGCGUCGCCGACAAGCUUCGCCUCCCCAGGAUUGUGCUGAGAACGGGUGGAGUUUCUUCCUUCGUUGCUUUCGCCGCGUUUCCCUUUCUCAGACUAAAAGGUUACAUUCCCAUACAAGUGGAUUCGUGA